GUGGGGUGGUGGGAUGUAACCGCCUCCAACCGUCACUACUCUCUCUCCGACCAAAAAAACUGAAGACGAAGCUCUGUUUCUGCAGAUUCUGAUGAGGAAAAUGAAAGCGAAGAAGGAGGAGAUUAAGAAAGGCCCAUGGAAGGCCGAGGAAGACGAGGUCCUCAUCAACCAUGUCAAGAAGUACGGCCCUCGUGACUGGAGCUCCAUUCGAUCCAAAGGUCUUCUUCUUCGGACAGGAAAAUCCUGCCGUCUCCGUUGGGUCAACAAACUCCGUCCCAAUUUGAAGAAUGGAUGCAAGUUCUCGGCGGAGGAAGAGAGGACGGUGAUAGAGUUGCAGGCACAGUUCGGGAACAAGUGGGCGAGGAUCGCUACGUAUCUUCCCGGACGAACAGAUAACGACGUUAAGAAUUUCUGGAGCAGUAGACAGAAGAGGCUCGCCAGGAUUCUCCAUAAUUCAUCGGGCGAAUCGAGUUCCAGACCUCACAAAUUCAAUAGCGCGAGAUCUGGUGGUGAUUCUGUCGGUUCUUCCGAGAUUCCAGGUUUCGGCUUUGUCGGGCAAGAGAUGUCGGCUUCAUCGUCGAAGAUUGUUCUUCCAUGUUCAUCCGCUUAUUUAGACGCAUCCCAACCAGUGGAAACAUUGGCAAUGCCGGAUUUAGGCAUUAAGCUUGAGACGCAUCCGUUUGCUUUUGGGACAGAUUUCGGAUUGAUGGAGACAUCCUUAUUCACCGAAACGCAGCAGUUGCCUCAGCCGCAAUCAAGCAUCCAAUUCUCACCCGACAGCCAAGAACUCUUGUCCAGGAUGGAUGACCAUUGUUUCUACGACAUCCUCGGACCAUGUGAUUCAGCCGAACAAUUCUCUCUUCCCCAGCCGUUCUUUGAGCCGCCGAGAAGCCGCCGACAUGUUGGGAGGGAUGAACCAGACGUCUUCUUGGAUGAUUUCCCUUCUGACAUGUUUGAUCAAGCUGAUCCACUUCAUAGUAAUCCAUUUGACUGAUGGCGAGGUUUCUGGCAUUGUAAACGAUGUCUGUUUAGGCCUAAUUAGCUCAGUUCUAACUGAUUUGUCUCUGGAUGUUCUUAGCAAUAGAUAUGACUGCAUUCCUCUGUGUUUUCCUUGUUGCUUGUGCUAUAUCUCUCGCUUACUGUAAUUCACCCUCUGUUUUCUGUAGUGUGCAGAUCAGAUUCUGGUUUCUUUUCGAUACAAAUUUUCUACAAACUUGUCUGAAAGCAGUUCAAAAGUGUGUCGAAACGUGGAAUUUUUCCAGAACAAUGAUCUUAUUGAUUGAAUGUAAAGUGUGAAACCAUGAUCAUUACGAAAGGAGUUCAAACACCAACAAGUACAGGAA